AUGGCUCCCAAACACCAGUCUUCACUUCCACCUCAAGCAAAGAAACCAAAGAAAGUGAGACUGACUCCCUCCUUCAGGGCAGAGGAAACUUCUGCUUCUCCAAACUUGCCGAAGGGAGAAAAAGAACAGCAAGAAGAAAUUGAACAUAUUGAUGAAGUACAAAAUGAAAUAGACAGGCGUAAUGAACAAGCCAGCGAGAAGAUUUUGAAAGUAGAACAGAAAAAUAACAAACUCCGCCAAAAAUUUUUUCAGAAGAGGUCAGAAUUGACUGUCAAAAUCCGAAAUUUUGGUAUAACAACAUUUGUCAACCAUCCACAAUUGUCUGUACUGUUUGUGCAGGAGGGUGAUGAGACGCUGCGUUAUUUGAUAACAGUUGAAGUAACAGAAUAUGAAAAAAUUAAAUCAGGUUAUAGAAUAGAUUUUUGCUUUAAGGUAAACCCUUACUUUGAAAAUAAAGUUGUCUCCAAAGAAUUUCAUCUGAAUGAGAGUGGUGAUUCAUCUUCAAAAUGCACUGAAAUCAAAUGGAAAUCCAGGAAGGAUCUGAUUAAAAGUUCAAGCCAAACGCAGAAUAAAGCCAGCAGGAAGACACAGCAUGAGGAGCCAGAGAGCUUCUUCACCUGGUUUCCUGAUCAUUCUGAUACAGCUGCAGAUGAGUUAGGAGAGGUCAUCAAAGAUGAUAUUUGGCCAAAUCCAUUACAGUACUACUUGGUUCCUGACGUGCGUGAUGAGGAAUGGGAAGAAGAAGAUGAUGAUGAUGUUAAAGAAGAAGAAGGAUUGGAAGAUAUUGAUGAAGAAAGGGUUGAGGAUAAAGAUGAAGAAGAUGAAGAUUGUGAGGAGGAAGAGAAAGGAGAGGAAGAUGAAGGAGAAGAUGAUUAA